GUAAAUAUAUGAUGACCUAUGUAGAUGACGUCACAGUUUUGCAUCGUCCAUUUUACGGAAGAUGACAGUGUAGAAGUUGUGCCAGAUUUUUGGAUUUACGAAUCAUCGGGACGCUCGCAAUGUUACUGGCCUAAAACUUCUUUCCCGACGAAGAAUGUCAUUCGAAGGACAGUUCCUGAGGAACAUUGGACAACCCACAAGUGUAGAAUCCUCGGCACGUUUGACGAUUUUGACACAGCUCGUUUGAACUUAAAUCAAGCUGAAAUUUCAUCCGAUUUCCCGUCCAAAAAAUUAAAAACUCUAGGAAAAAGAUUACCUAAACGUAAUCGAAGAUAUGUUAGCGAUGACGAUUCAUCAGAUGAUGGAGUAAACGAAAAAAAUACACCGGCGGCUCUUAUGUACAACAAUUUAAAGCUAUCAACUUAUAAGUCCUCAAAAAACACUACCUCAAAUAGUUCGUCAGGCGACGAAGACAAGGAAAAUAAGUUGCGAAAAUCAAACGCUCUGAAGUUACCUGCAGCCUUCGAAGAUAAAAAUGAACGAGUUCUGCAGGCAAAUGUUACUCCCUGUGAGGUCCUGAGAAAAAAGAGUUUCAUUAUUUCCACUAAGUCUUCACAGAAUCAGCAUAACAUCGUCGAUGAAGAUGGUGUACGACAAGGAUGCAGCAAGGAUCAUCGAAGAGAAGAACAACGAUCCAAACCGUUGAAUCCUCGCGAAAUAAAAUCACAGAUUACAUAUAUCGGCGAAACUGAAUUCGAAAAACGAGUAAUUCGUGACUUAACGAAAGUAAAAUUGGAUAUACAAGAAAUUCGUGACGUUAUCAUAACGAUGCAACAAGAUAUUUUACAUCAAGAAGACAUUUUUAAAAGAAAAACUAAGGACACGAAACAAGGGGAAGAAAUGGAAAACAUUUUGCCAGCUUUUCCAUUGAAAACUCUGCAGGAUUGGAAUGAGUUGGCAACAUUAUUGUCAAAUAAUAAAGUCGCACGUGAACAGCUUGAGACAAUGUUUUCCAAUCGAGGAGGAAAAAAUGGUGGAGACUUGAUCAGGCGAAUACUUGGAACCGUGUUUUCUCCGCAACUUGCCGUACAGUUCUCCUGGCAAGGGCGGAAAAAUAAUGAAAAAGUGGAAGGAUCUGUUGUGGCACGUACCAUAUUUGUUGCUACGAAGCAUAAAUUUAAAAUUGAUGAUCGAGAGAUAGAAUUGGGCAUAAUCAACUGGUUCCGUCGUGCCUCGGAAAGGAUUCCAAAAAAUGUAGAUAUUGAAAUAGUGCAUAAUCAUUAAUGUUUUUUUUCUAAUGUUUAACAUGGCUGUUUUUCUAUUAAACUUUAAAAUUUAAAGAAUUCAAAAAUUUGCAAUAUUAGCAUUAUUAAUUAGUAUUAGUAUUGUAGACACUAUUUCAGUAUUGUUUGUUUAGUGUUUUUACAUUGUAGAAAUAGUAUUUCUACAUUGUAGAAAGACUAAACUGUGAUAUCUAAACAAACAGUACUGAAAUAAUGUAAAAUUGUUUUGCGAUUAAAAUAUAUUUUAAGGACCAUAAAGUUAUAUAUUUUAUAAUAUAUAUAAAUGUAUACGAAAUAUAUUUUUAUAAUAUAUAUAAAAAUAAAAUAUUGACAGAAUAAUUAUUGACAAUUGCAA